AUGGCAGCUGUUCAGGGAGCGAUCUCCAAACGCCGCAAGUUCGUGGCCGAUGGUGUUUUCUACGCCGAAUUGAACGAGUUUUUCCAGCGCGAACUCGCAGAGGAGGGCUACUCCGGUGUUGAAGUCCGCGUUACGCCUACCGUCACCGAUAUCAUUAUCCGUGCUACCCACACCCAAGAAGUUUUGGGCGAACAAGGCCGCCGUAUCCGUGAACUCACAUCCCUUAUCCAGAAGCGAUUCAAGUUCCCCGCCAACUCCGUAUCUCUCUAUGCUGCCAAGGUCCAAAACCGCGGUCUCUCUGCUGUCGCUCAGUGUGAAAGCUUGCGAUACAAACUGCUGAAUGGUCUUGCUGUCCGAAGAGCUUGCUAUGGUGUUCUUAGAUUUAUCAUGGAGAGCGGUGCUAAGGGUUGCGAGGUUGUCGUAUCUGGAAAAUUGAGAGCUGCUCGUGCUAAGAGCAUGAAAUUCACUGUACGUUUUGCGCAACUAUUUUUUGGAAUCAUUGGUUAUCUGUACACUGCUGCAGUUGAUUACAACCAGACACGGUCCUUUGGAGAAAUCCUGUACAUUCUCUCACUAACAUAUUCUUCCCAGGACGGAUUUAUGAUCCACUCUGGUCAACCCGCCAAAGAUUUCAUUGACAGCGCUACCCGCCACGUCCUCCUCCGUCAAGGUGUGCUCGGUAUCAAGGUUAAGAUCAUGCGCGGCAGCGACCCUGAGGGCAAAUCAGGACCCCAGAAAUCCCUCCCUGACUCCGUUACCAUUAUCGAGCCCAAGGAAGAGCAACCCGUCCUCCAGCCCAUGAGCCAGGACUACAACGCCAAAGCUGCUGCUGCCCAAGCUGCGGCUGAACAGCAGCGACAAGCAGAGGAAGGCCAGGAGGCUGGCGAAGAGGCUGGUGCUAUCCCUCAGGAGUGA